AUGAAUACGCUGGUGGUGUUAUUCGCUCUCGCCUCUGUGGCUUGCGGUUCCUUGGUGCCGCUAGCUCAACCACUGCAUCAACCUGCAAUAGUGUUGGACCCGCACGGUCGUCCUUUGGAUACUGCUGAGGUGAUAAACGCGCGCUCUCUGCACCUGCAGGCCAAAGCCCUGGAUGAACACAAUGGACACGCUGCUGUCGUCGCACCUCUUGCUCACUCAGUCGCCAUUGCUCCCGCAAUUUUCACUGCCCCUGCCGCCGUGUCCCAUCAAUCCCGCGUGGAUGUUAUCUCCAGUCCGUCUAUUGCAACUAUUGCAACCCAUGCUGCACCUGUCGUAGCGCAUGCGUCACCUCUGCUAGCCUACUCCGGACUUGGAUACGCCGGCCAUGGUCACUACCUGCACAAACGAUCAUUGGGCCACUUUGCCUAUGCUGCUCCUGCUGUGAUUGCCGCCCCCGCUGCUGUGUCCCACCAAUCCCGCUUGGAUGUGAUUUCCAGUCCCGCAGUAGUAUCGCACGCCGUCACCGCUCCUGUUCUAAAUCACGCUGCUCCUAUCAUCGCUGUGGCACCUGCUGCUGUCUCACAUCAGUCCCGCGUUGAUGUGCGUACCAGCCCUGCCAUAGUUUCCCACGCUAGUGUGGCUUCUAUUGGUCAUGCGGCCCUGUACUCUGGUCAUUCUGCGUGGGUUGCUCCUGCUUACGGGGCUCAUUCCGGUCAUGGUUACGCCCAUCUUUUAAAGAAGCGUUCUUUAGCUCACUUCCUGGCCCCUGUCGUUCACACUGUGCCCUCUGCAGUAUCCCACCAAUCUCGUGUUGAUGUUAUUUCUAAGCCUGCUGUGGUCUCAACUCACAUAACACCUGCCGUAUACUCAGCACCUGCCGUGUACGCUUCUCCCAUUGUGUCACACUAUGCUCCUAUUGCACACUCCGCCGUCUGGACCGCGCCCCUGGCUCUGAAAGCCGCCCACUGGUGA